UUAAUUAAAGAAUAAAAAUGUAUUUUUUAUUUUUUUAAAAACACUUGUUUUUCUUUCGAAUAUAUUUACAACAAUAAUAACUGAAUAAAGUGUCUUGAAAUCGAUCGAUGUUUCAUGUAUAAAAAGUGCAAUGUUUUUUACACAUUACAAACGCCAAAAUUAAGUAUUCUCUUUAUUUAAAUUCAACGGUAUUGCCUUCAAUUAGAAUACUAAAUUAUACUGAGAAAAUGAUUGAAGGGGAAAACAAAAGUAAAAAAAAAAUAUAUUCAAAGGUUUAACAGAAGACAAAUACCAGUUACAUUUACAAGUUAUAACAAUGAAAAAAACAUCAGAAGUAAAUUUUUUCGAUAACCCCAACUGGUAUAUGUUGAAAGUAUUAUUAUCUGCAUUUGGAGGGUGGCCUUAUCAAAAAGCCAGUACUAGCAGAACAAUAAAACGAGCUGUAUUAUUUGUUUUUUUGUUGAGUACACUCCUCCCACUGAUUUUUAAGGUUUACAAAGAGUGGAAAGAUUUACAUGUAGUUUUGGUUUGUGGAUCACAAAUUUUGAUGCACGCUGGAACAUUGACAAAUGCAAUAUAUUGUUUUUUAAAUUUAGACAAGACAAGAAAAUUACUCAGUGAAAUUCGUGAAAUUUGGAAUUUAAAUUUAUCAAAAAAUGAAUUUAAAUAUUUUAAUUAUUUUGCAAAUAAUACUCGUAAAAUAACUGAGACUUAUAUCAUUGGGUUAUACAUCAUGACAUUUUUUUGUUUAACAUAUAUAACAGUACCAACAAUACUUAAUAUUCUUUUACCAUUAAAUGUAUCAAGAACAACAAUUUAUCCAUAUGAGCAUGAAUAUUUAUUUAUUGAUAAUAUUAAAUAUGAAAAUUAUAUAUUAAUUAAUGGAUGGAUAUCAACAUUUAUACAAAUAACUGUAAUUGUUGCAUUUGAUUGUUGUUACUCACAAUUAAUUUAUUUUAAUUGCAGCUGGUUUUACGUUGUUGGAAUUCGAAUGAAAAAUUUAACGACAAUUGGUGAUUUAAAAUUUGAAAAUAAAACAAUUCUUUUUAUUAAUUGCAUACGAGAACAUAUAAAAGCCUUGGAAUUUGCAGAUAGUUUACAAACCAUUUAUGCAACUCCAUUAUUUUUAUUACUCAUUUAUAAUACCGUUAUUAUCAGCAUGACCGGAUGUAAUAUAAUAUAUCAUAUUGAUGAUAAUGAAGAAGUCAUACGAUUUAUUUGUUUUGUUGUUUCACAAUUUUUUCAUUUAUUUUUUUUGAGCUGGCAUGGAGAAAAAUUAAUUGAAUACAGUGGUUUUAUAUUUGAUUUUAUAUACGAAAUGAAGUGGUAUGAUGUACCAAAAAAUGCAAGUAAAUUUAUAAUAUUAAUAUUAAUAAGAUCAUCGAAACCGAGUACUUUGAAAGCUCACAUUCUCGUUGUUUCGUUGGAAACAUUUGCAAUGAUUUCAAAAACAGCACUGUCUUAUUUCACCGCUUUAUCGUCAUUCAAAUGA